CUAGACGUAAACUUUAACACCUCUCUAAAAAAUUAAAGAGGUUCAUGGGUUAACUCGGAACUCUGGAGGUAACAGAUUUGAAUCCCACAGCAAAAAUCAUAACGAGGAACCUUGUUCGUCUGAAAAUGCUAAGGCUAAAAUGGAUUGGGUUUCGCAUUUGUUCUUCUUCUACUAUCUUUUCUAGUCGGGCCCUUUCCAUUUGCCCAGACACGCAAAAAUCAGAGAGCGAGAACCCAGUUGAAGUAGUGUCAGCCCAAGGAUUAGGCAGCUCAAGAAAAGCCAUUCUUAACAGGCCUUUUGUUCUAAAUGCGCUGACAACUUCCAUGGUUUCUCAACUUCAUAAACUAUACCAGGCAUGGGAAGAUCGUCCAGAUAUUGGUUUUGUUGUAAUGAAAGGUGCUGGUGACAGAGCAUUCUGUUCUGGCGGAGAUAUUGUUAGGCUUUAUCAAUUCGCCAAUCAAGGGAAAUUGGAAGAAUGUAAAGACUUCUUUAUCAAAGCAUAUCAGUUCGUUUACCAUGUUGGAACAUAUCUGAAGCCACAUGUGGCGAUAUUGGAUGGAUUGACAAUGGGGGGAGGGGCAGGUAUCUCUAUUCCUGGCACAUUUCGUGUGGCAACAAAUAAGACGGUAUUUGGUGCACCAGAAACACACAUAGGUUUCCAUCCUGAUGCAGGGGCCUCUUUUUUUCUAUCACACUUGCCUGGCUCUCUAGGGGAGUACUUGGCAUUAACCGGGGAACGAUUGAAUGGAGCAGAAAUGGUUGUUGCUGGUCUUGCAACACACUUCUCCAUGAGCACUAGAAUUAGUUCGAUUGAAGAGCGGUUAGGAACACUGGUUACAAAUGACCCCUCAGUGCUGGAGAGUGCAUUGGAUGAAUAUUCUGACGUUGUUAUCCCAAAUUCCAAUAGUUCUCUUCGAAGAAUGGAUACUAUUGAUCAUUGUUUUUCAAAGGAGACUGUUGAGGAGAUUAUAUGUGCUUUGGAAACUGAGGCAGCUGGACAAAAUGAUGAAUGGUGUAGAAAGACCAUUGGGAAACUGAAAGAAGCUUCUCCACUAAGUUUGAAAAUUGCUUUAAGAUCUAUACGCGAAGGUAGGUCACAGACGUUUCAUCAGUGUUUGGUUCGUGAAUAUAGAACGACUUGUCAUGUUCUUUCGAAAAGAGUUUCUGGUGAUUUCUUUGAGGGUAUUAGAGCACGUCUGAUAGAUAAAGACUUUUCUCCUAAGUGGGAUCCACCAUGUUUGGAGCAAGUGUCGAGAGAAGUUGUGAACCAGUAUUUUUUGCCACUGGGAGAGGACGACCAGGAACUAGAACUGCCAAUUAAAAAACGGGAGGCUUAUAUUUAGUGAAGUCCUGUGAAUGUAAUGUGAAGUAUACUUUCAAUGGAGUUGCAAAUGCUGUUAAUGAUUUUACUAUUUCCAAUUCUUUUGGAUAUGAUGUUUCAUUCUUUGUUCUGUUUGUCAAAUUCAGGUUGGACUCAACAAUUAUUGGCAAUGAAUUCAUACCCUUCUAUUGGCCUUUAAAAAUCUAUUGCAUUUGUAAUGCAUUAGAUCUUGUUAUCUUUGUAUAUUCAAUAAAAAUGGAGAUGAGCAGCUAUUUAUUGUCA